AUGGAGAAGCUGUCACUGUGUUUCCUGGUCAUCAUUAGCCUCCUUAGUGCUUUUUCCCAGACAGAUAUGCACACAAAGGCCUUUGUGUUCCCCAAAGAGUCGGAUAAUUCCUUUGUGACGCUGACUGCACAGCUAACAAAGCCACUUAAGGCCUUCACCGUAUGCCUGCAUGUCUAUACCGAUCUGACCCGCGACUAUAGCCUCUUCUCUUAUGCCACAAGGCAACAAUAUAAUGAGAUCCUCCUCUUCAAGGGAAAGACUGGCGUAUACAGUGUAUCCGUGGGUGGAGCUGAUGUCUUUUUCAAGCCUCCUGAGAGUUCUCCUGCACCAAUGCACUUCUGUGUGACCUGGGAGUCUACCUCAGGGAUUACAGAGCUCUGGGUGGAUGGGAAACCCAUGGUGAGGAGGAGUAUGAAGAGGGGAUACUCUUUGGGGACAGAGGCAAGCAUCGUCCUGGGGCAGGAGCAGGAUGCAUUUGCUGGGGGCUUUGAUAAAAACCAGUCUUUGGUGGGAGACAUUGGAGAUGUGAACACGUGGGACUAUGUGUUAUCACCAGAAGAGAUUAACACUGUCUAUGCUGGUGGGACCUUCAGUCCUAAUGUCCUGGACUGGCGGGCGCUGAAGUAUAAAACAUAUGGUGAGGUGUUCGUCAAACGACAGCUAUGGCCCUGA